GAUUUCUAUCCUCGGCUGGACCCCUUCAAGGCUUUUCGAGUGUCCCGAGGGGUACAAUGGGCAGCAGUCGUUACCUCAGGACGUCCGUGUGGCUGGCGCUGACCCUGGCUCAGGUGCUGUGGGUGGCAUGUAAAGCACCAAAGACGGUAACCCAAAAGAGCUGUAAAGACGGAGGUGUGACGUACAAACAUAACGCCAUCUGGAAGCCAGAUCCAUGCAGGCUGUGUGUUUGUGACAAAGGCAACAUUGUGUGUGAAGAGAUUCGCUGUGAGAAACUGAAGGGCUGCGAGAAGGUCACAGUACCAGAAGGAGAGUGCUGCCCUGUGUGCGAAAGAUUUGCCAGUGCUCGUGGACGAGUCGAGGUAAUGUCUCUCAGGGGACCAAAAGGAGAGCCUGGUGAUAUUCCUACUGUUGUUGGACUACCUGGACGACCUGGAGCAAUGGGCAACCCAGGUAAAGACGGUCCGCCAGGACAUCGUGGCUUUAAAGGGAGAAAGGGUGAUUCAGGUCCACCUGGUUUUGAUGGUACACCAGGUGUACCAGGAAUACCAGGUCGGCCAGGUCCAGCAGGGCAGUCUGCAUUACCAGGGAGUCAGUUUACCUCUCAGAUGGCCUCAGGAUUCCAUGACGGCAAGGCAGGAGUGGCAGGAAUGGUCUCUGGAUCACCUGGUGAAGCAGGACCAAGAGGACAUCAAGGUCCAGCAGGUCCACCUGGCCCGACUGGAGCACAGGGCAGCCCUGGAGAACCAGGCGAUCCUGGACCCAUGGGUACACAUGGACCAAGGGGUCCAGAGGGUCCACUUGGAAAACCUGGCCUAGAUGGUGAACCUGGUGAGUCAGGAAAAAAAGGAGAAGAUGGAUUACCAGGGUCUCAGGGGUCCAGAGGAUUUCCAGGUUUACCAGGUUUUCCAGGACUUAAAGGCCACUGGGUGCACAGGGAUCAAGAGGAGAGCCAGGUGCUGUUGGAUCAAAGGUCAGAUAUAUUACAGGUGUAA